CAAUGUUAUUUCUGAAGAACUCAAGGACUGGAUCCACAAUUUCUCCAAAAUUGAGGGGCGAAAAUAUCUUUAUCUCAAGAGUUUUCGUUAUCCCCUGCAACUCUGCUUACCUCACUGCAACCGAAAAUGGAUUCUUGCUUUUCCUCAAAGCACUCACUAGAAGACGAGCACAAGUCUUCUGCAUUAGGCCCACCUUCUCAGUUUCUGAUGUUGCUACCAUUUUCUUCUCCACCUCUCAAUUUUAUUCACUGCACCCCAUUUUUCAGACAACCUUUAAGUUUGAAUCCCAACUUCAAGUUACUGAUGGGAGCUUCAAAUGUUGUUCGUGAGGUGCAAAAAUCCAUUAUGUCUAAUGUUGAGAAAUGUCUCAAGAUUGUUGAUAAUUUCAGGUCCCAGAUUGCGGUUCUUGAUAAAAUAAUGUCUUUUCCCUCUUAUCUUCAAUAUGGCUGCCAGAUUCCACGCACUAACUGCCAGAAUUUGGAGAUGUUGUCCAAUUCAAACUUUGCUGCCAUUUUACCCGGUGAUUCAGUGGCUGGAAUCGUGGUAACUAAUGGGAUUUUGAAUUUCUUAAACAUCUACAACACUUUGCUGGUCGUCAGGCUUGUUUUAACUUGGUUCCCUAAUGCACCUCCGGCAGUUGUCAGCCCCCUUAGCACUUUAUGCGACCCAUACUUGAACAUAUUCCGGGGAAUCAUACCACCACUUGGAGGGACUCUGGAUCUUUCACCUAUUCUGGCAUUUCUUGUUUUAAAUGCCUUCACAAGCACAGCUGCUAUCCAAAGUUAAUCCAUCUCAUGCAACAACAGCUCACCUCACCACAUUACAGAAGAAGUGGAUGAGAAGGCUUUCUGGAAACAAGUCAAAAAGUUCCAAUGCUGGAAUUUAAGUUGUUUCUCUUCCCAGUUUGAUUUUUUUCAACUGCCAGCACGAUACUAGGUAUAAAUUGUCACAUUCUUUAAAUAUGUUGGCUAUAGUUGAAAUUCUAUAGCACAGUUCUCAACUUUCUUACUGUGUAAAUUCAUUUGUUUGAUGGUAAAAUCAGCGCCAUGUAUAAUCCAAUUUAAGGUGGUUUUGGUCACUUGCUCAGCAUAUGAACCAAACAUCAAUUUGUCAAAAAGGGAUUCUGGCUCUUGGUGCAAUUA